AUGGAUCACGAUCGCAAGUCUGUUGUGUCCUCUUUCUACGGCGGACGGAGGGCCUCAGGCGAUGCGCUUCAGCAGGACUUCCCCUCACCGGCCCCCUACGCCGAUUACACUUCUCACGCGCGGCAGGACUCUCGUUCCUCGUUCUUCAAUCCAAAUGCCCCUGGGCGGGGCAGUGUCGAGCUUCUGAAUAAGCAGUCCGCAGGAUACAACAACACCACCUUCUUUGAUGGUGGCCGACAAGAACCCGUCAAGGGCGGAUACGACGAGGAAGCCGCCUUACGGGACGAACCUUUUGACAUCUAUGCCGACUUCAAUAACCAGGGUCCACGGUACUCACGCGCAGCGUUCGGUGCGGACAACGGGUACCGAUAUCGCCGUGUGAACUCGCCGAGUCUGUCCAAGAUAGAGACGCCGAGUGAGGCGACGACCGCACCCGUAGAGAUGGUCACCGUCCCAGCACUGGGUCCGGAAUGGCAGAAGUCCGAGAUGGGCACUGUAAUCAAGCAGACUCAGCGUGAAGAACGUUCUGAGCGGCGAGCGCAGAAGUGGAAGGAGUGGAGGCGCGGCGAACGAGGUCUGUGCGGGAGAUACUUCACCAGGAAGUUCACCGCGUGGUUCCUGUUUUGCUUUGCCAUAGCCGUUGGUAUCGUCUUGGCUUUCACAAUACCGAGAGUGCCAGACUUCCAAAUCAACCAGCAAGAUCCAUUGCAGCAGGCAACAGGGUCGUUCAACCAGAGUAUCCCCGUCGCUUUCAAUCGCUUCCCAGCGAACUUCAGCUUCCCUGGUGUCGCAGAUCUGCAGGUCGAUACACAGUCCAACUUUCUGCCUCUCGUCAUUGAGAAGAUCCAUGCGGACGUCUACGAUCUCAUCACGAACCGUCAGAUUGGGGUUGGUGAUGUUGGCCAUAUGACCUUCCCUGCGAAGCAAUUCUCGCACCUCUCCAUGCCGCUAAACUUCAGUUAUGUCGCCAGCAACGACUCGGAUCAAACAUGGAAUAACUGGUAUAAUGGCUGCAGGAACGCUGCUUUUGAUACUAACAACCAGCGACCGCCUGUACAAUUCCGGCUUGUCCUUGGAUUCAAGAUUACAGGCUUAAUCGGCACCAAGCAUACUGCCACCGAUGUCACAAACGCCAACUGUCCUAUUGAACUGCCUCAAAACGCCGCCUAG